AUGGAAGGGAGAGGUGAAGGAUAUCCUCCUCAAUUGUAUACUCUAGCUUCUUCUUUUCCACCGGCCGAAAGCUAUAGCUAUGAAUUGCCUUCUUUACGGCAGGUGAAUCCUGCAAUGCUGCAAAACCAAAACUCUCAAAACCAUGUCAGUAUUCAUCCCCCACCUCAAAACCACUGUGCUCAAAUUUCUAACCUCCGAAACCUUUUUUACCAAGACACUCUUCUACCAAAUAACUACAUGCAAAACCCUAGUUUCCAGAACCCGAACCCGGCCACAAUGCAAAAUCACCAGGCGGUUCUUUGUUAUCCUCCAAACAUAAACUCAAACGCAAUUUUUUUGUCUGGACAGUACGGCCAGUCAACUCCUCGUCGGUAUGGUCGUUUUGAUAAUGUUUUGUACGGCCAAUCUUCUCCUCCGGGUCAUCAGUUCCUUGGGAGGGGACAAACGGCUGCUUAUAAUCCAAGACAUAGCGGAGCUCUAUCCAAUUUAAGCCAUGAUCUGAGUGACCUUAGUGGUCCAGACCAAUUCAAUUUAUCUACAUUGACUUCCGGUUCCAAUUUUAACAAUUUCUUGCAGCGGCGGAGUCACUUUAGCUGUGAAUUCAGCCGUGAAUAUUCAGCUGGGCCUAGUUCAAGUCGCAAUAGAUCCAUUAGAGUUGAUCUUUUGGGGUCUGCAGGAAGAUCCAUUAAUGAGUCACAUAUCGUCUUGCCAUCUUCAUCUUCUAGGGGGAAGGCGAGGGGACGACAACAUUCGAGUCACACUUCAUUGGAGGAACUCAGAGGUCGUGUAUGCUUGGCGGCUAAAGAUCAAAAGGAGUGUCGUUUCUUGCAGAAGAAAGUGGAUGAGAGAAAUCCAAUGGAUAUCACGAUCAUUUUUAUGGAAGUGAAAGAUGAUUUGCCUGAUUUAAUGGUGCACCAGUUUGCUAAUUAUCUUAUUCAGAAACUUAUUGGAGUGUUAAAUGAACAACAAAUGACCGAAUUCAUUCGUUCGGUUGUCAGUUCUGAACAAAGGCUCUUCAGGAUUUGCGAUGAUGUGCAUGGAACUCGUGUUAUCCAGAAACUGCUGGACUCUAGAGAAAUCCUGCAAAGACAAUCCUUAAAACCGGAGCAAAUAUGUAUUCUAUUGUCAGCUCUGAAAAAAAUUGCAGUCAAUUUGAGCAAGAGCCCCAAUGGCCAACAUGUGAUUCAACGAUGCUUCCACAAAUUUUCCAAUGAAUAUACUAAGGAGCUAGUGGAAGAAAUAGUAGAGAGUUGCGUGACUUUAGCAAUAGAGAAAAGCGGAUGCUGUGUACUGCAACAAUGCAUAUUUCAUGCCAAGGAAGAGCACAAGGGACGCCUCAUAGCUGAAAUUGUCACAAAUGCACUUGUCCUAUCUGAUCAUGCUUACGGGAACUAUGUUGUGCAGUAUAUUCUGGAAAUUAAUAUACCUCAAGUUACAGCCGAUGUUUUAUCGCAGUUUUCCGGGAGUUACUUCACUCUUUCACUAAGCAAGUAUGCGAGCAAUGUAGUAGAGAAAUGUAUGAAAUUCGCAACAGAGGAACAAUUGACUGCCAUUGUAAGCGAGAUUAUUCACCAUCCAGACAUUUUGGAUCUUAUGUUGAACAAUUUCGGAAACUUUGUUAUUCAGUCAGCCUGGAAGCGGUGUAAGGGACGGCCACUUGGGCAGACUCUUUUAAAUCUUGUUCAAGAACAUUAUCCAUUGCUGCAAAGCCACAUGUAUGGGAAAAAGGGUUUAUCGGAUUCUAUUAUUCUUGUUGUUUCGGUCAUCGUUUUUCUGUUGUCUCGUUACAGAGUUGAGAUGUAG